UUGCCUACACACUCUUCCAGUCGGGCGUGAUUUGGCGAACGAGAGUGAAAGGGAAAGAUGCCGGCCGGACAUGGACUGAGGUCGAGAACUAGGGACUUGUUUGCAAGAGGUUUCAGGAAGAAGGGUACCAUUCAUCUAUCUACCUACCUCAGAACUUAUCACGUUGGCGAUUAUGUUGAUAUCAAGGUUAACGGCGCCAUUCACAAAGGUAUGCCUCAUAAGUUUUACCACGGCCGUACUGGUCAAGUCUGGAACGUCACCAAGCGUGCCAUCGGUGUCGAAAUGAACAAGCAGGUUGGUAACAGAAUAAUCAAGAAAAGGAUCCAUGUGCGUAUUGAGCACGUAAUGCCUUCCAGGUGCACCGAAGAGUUCAAGCAGAGAGUUAAGAAGAAUGAUGUACUAAAGGCUGAAGCCAAGGCUAAGGGUGUGGUGAUCAGCACCAAGAGGCAACCUUUGGGACCCAAACCCGGGUUUAUGGUGGAAGGUACUACUCUAGAGACCGUUACUCCUAUUCCUUACGAUGUGGUUAAUGAUCUCAAGGGUGGAUACUAAUUUAAAAAGCGUUGUGUUGUGGUUCGUGUUAAUUUUUUGUUUCGCUACAUUUGGGAACACUAGAACUGCUGAUUUGUUUUUUGUUCAUCAUCUUAUAAUUUAGACUGCUCAUGUUUUGUUCUAGAUUUUCAAGUGAGUUAUAAUUAAAAAGCAAUCACUACUUUGUGU